UUGUUUGUGUGGAGGCCCGGUUUUGAGACUAAGCUCUUCGCCUUCAACUCGAGACUACUACUAUACCUCCUUAGGUGCAUAGUAGAAACGUAGCCUUAUUCUACGACUCCCUCGUUAGUGAAGUUUGGUUUGUACACAUAUUCCGACGUCGAAAAUCAGAUUAGACCUGGACUGCCCAACAUGGCCGAUACUCUAGUAACCCCGGGAGGUAUCUCGGAUCCUGCCCUCAUCAAACUUGUCAACAGGCUUCAAGACGUCUUCUCCACGGUCGGCGUCAACAAUCCUAUCGAUCUGCCCCAAAUUGUUGUUGUUGGAAGUCAGUCUAGUGGAAAGAGUUCCGUCUUAGAGAACAUCGUCGGGAGAGACUUCUUACCUCGAGGAUCCGGUAUCGUGACGAGGCGACCUCUCGUUCUUCAGUUAAUCAAUCGACCCGCGACUUCACACGCGAACGGAGUUAAUGACGAUGUCGCUAAUUCUUCGGACAAGGCAGCUAACCCAGACGAGUGGGGCGAGUUUUUGCAUAUCCCUGGACAGAAGUUCUACGAUUUUAACAGAAUCCGGGACGAAAUCAGCCGGGAGACGGAGGCAAAGGUUGGUCGCAAUGCUGGCAUUUCGCCUGCCCCGAUCAACCUAAGAGUUUAUUCUCCCAACGUCCUCACCCUAACGCUCGUCGAUUUGCCGGGUCUGACGAAGGUUCCAGUGGGAGAUCAGCCAAGAGAUAUCGAGCGGCAAAUCAAAGACAUGGUCCUCAAGUAUAUCCAGAAGUCAAACGCGAUCAUUCUGGCUGUCACAUCUGCCAACAUCGAUUUGGCUAACUCGGAUGGUCUGAAGCUCGCCAGAGAAGUAGACCCGGAAGGACAGAGAACGAUCGGAGUUUUGACAAAGGUGGAUCUCAUGGACGAAGGCACCGAUGUCGUUGAUAUUCUUGCUGGCCGCAUUAUUCCACUUCGGCUAGGCUAUGUCCCUGUUGUCAACAGAGGGCAACGAGAUAUCGACAACAAGAAGCCUAUUUCCUCCGCUCUUGAAGCAGAGAAGAACUAUUUCGAAAACCACAAGGCCUACCAGAAUAAGAGCACGUAUUGCGGUACUCCGUAUCUAGCAAGGAAGUUGAACCUGAUUCUGAUGAUGCACAUCAAGCAGACUCUGCCAGAUAUUAAGGGCAGAAUUACUAGUUCUCUCCAAAAAUAUUCUGCUGAGUUGGAUUCUUUAGGACCGUCAAUGCUAGGAAACAGCGGGAACAUUGUUCUGAACAUUAUUACCGAGUUUACUAACCAGUGGCGAACCGUCUUGGAAGGCAAUAACGGCGAGCUGUCCAGCACCGAGCUUUCUGGUGGUGCCCGAAUCAGUUUUGUGUUCCACGAGCUGUACUCCAAUGGUGUGAAGGCGGUUGAUCCUUUUGAUGUUGUCAAGGAUGUCGAUAUCAGAACGAUACUGUACAACUCAUCUGGUUCCUCGCCAGCACUCUUCGUUGGAACGACCGCAUUCGAAGUCAUCGUCAAGCAGCAGAUAAAGCGGCUUGAAGAGCCUAGUCUGAAAUGUGCCUCACUCGUUUAUGACGAGCUGGUGCGCAUUCUGACACAGCUUCUUUCUAAGGCAUUAUACCGAAGAUACCCAUCGCUCAAGGAGAAGUUCCAUGGCGUGGUUAUCGGGUUCUUCAAGAAGGCCAUGGAGCCUACCAACAAACUUGUUAGGGAUCUUGUUUCCAUGGAAUCUUGCUAUAUCAACACCGCCCACCCCGACUUCCUCAAUGGACACCGAGCCAUGGCCAUUGUAAACGAGCGGUAUAAUGGGGCGAAGCCUGUACAAGUUGACCCCAAAACUGGAAAGCCUCUACCAGCUACGGCUACUACUCCGGCUCGUGCUGCUAGUCCCUCGAUAGAAAACUUGGACAACAACUCGGGCUUUUUCGGAAGUUUCUUUGCCGCCAAGAACAAGAAGAAGGCUGCCGCCAUGGAGGCUCCUCCUCCGACACUCAAGGCUUCCGGGACUUUGUCGGAGAGGGAAAACAUUGAAGUUGAGAGCUCUUAAUCGCUUCCUAUUUCAACAUUGUUAAAAGAACAAUGAUUGACAUGGUCCCCAAAGCCAUCAUGCUCAACCUCGUCACGUUUACAAAAGAUGAAAUGCAACGAGAACUCCUGGAGAACAUGUACCGUAACGAGUCUUACGACGAACUACUAAAGGAGAGUGACUACACUGUCCGCAGACGGAAGGAAUGCCAGCAGAUGGUCGAAUCGCUUAGUAAGGCCAGCGAGAUCGUCAGCCAAGUGCAGUAAGGUGUGGAGGGGCUAU